AUGGAUGAGCGGAUAGUGAUAAAUGUGGGAGGACAUCGGCAUGAAACCUAUGCUGCAACAUUAAAGAAAAUCCCUGCUACAAGAUUAUCUAGAUUAACCCCUUCACUUGCCAAUUAUGAUGCCUUAUUGAAUGAAUAUUUUUUCGAUCGACAUCCGGGUGUUUUUGCUCAAAUUCUAAACUAUUAUCGAACGGGGAAAAUGCACUAUCCGACCGACGUUUGCGGGCCAUUAUUUGAAGAAGAGUUACACUAUUGGGGUUUAGAUGCAUCGGAUACUGAGCCAUGCUGUUGGAUGCAGUUACUACACGCUAAAGACACCCAAGAAACGCUGGCCGUUCUCGAUCGAAUGGAUGUUGAUCGAGAAGAUGAUCCACAGUUGCGGGAAAUGGAUACUAUGAAGAAAUUUGGUUGGGAAGAGGAUUUUUAUCAAGGUAAACGAAGCAAAUGGAUGACGAUAAAGCCAAGGAUGUGGGCUUUAUUCGACGAGCCUUAUUCAUCUCAAUAUGCAAAGAUUGUUGCGGGUAUUUCGGUUGCUUUCAUUGUUGUGAGCAUUGUUUCAUUUUGUCUUAAAACUCAUCAAAGUUUUCGAAUACCCGUUUUACAUGGAAGAGCCUCGAAUAAUACGUUGAGAAGUUUUGGGAUUGUGAGGCAAAGCACUGAGCCUCACAGUGCUUUUGGACAGAUCGAAUUCAUUUGCAACAUCUGGUUCACGAUGGAGCUGGCAAUUCGCUUCGUUUUUUGCCCAAGCAAAAUCGGUUUCUUUCGUUCGCCGAUAAAUGCCAUCGAUUUGGUUGCUACCCUUUCCUUCUACAUUGAUGCAAUGUUGAUUCGUUUGGUUGAAGAUGCUCCUAAAGAUGUGGUUUUUUUCUUGAUUUUGGGUAUUGUUAUCUUUGCGGCUUUGGUUUAUUAUGCCGAGAAAACGGAGGCAAAUCCGGACAAUCAAUUCUUGUCAAUACCGCUUGGACUUUGGUGGGCAAUCUGUACAAUGACAACGGUCGGAUAUGGCGAUAUGACCCCACACACGGCUUUUGGUCGACUCGUCGGCUCUCUAUGUGCAGUGAUGGGCGUUUUAACGAUUGCAUUACCGGUUCCUGUGAUUGUUUCCAACUUUGCCAUGUUCUAUUCACAUACACAGGCUCGGGAAAAGCUGCCGAAGAAACGAAGAAGAGUUCUGCCGGCUGAGCAGAUUCGAUUACAAGUCCGAAGACACGCACAAGUCUUGGACAUGCAACCGAUGUGCAAUCCGAGACAGCGGAGGAAUGCUUUGCUAGCUGAUGAAUCUGAGAAGCAACAAGACGAAGAGGAGAAAUUACUCCCACCAAAGAUCGAAGAACCGCUUACGCAUGGGUGUUGUCACUCCAACGGGACAACACCGAAAAGUUCUAGAAGAAGUCCAUCAAAGGUGAAAGUGAACAUCACCGAGACGAUGAGUGUCCAAGCAACCACU